AUGGCGAGCCAGGCGCAGGUGUCCAAGAAGCGGAAGUUCGUCGCCGAUGGAGUGUUCUACGCGGAGCUCAACGAGUUCCUGAUGCGCACGCUGGCCGAGGACGGCUACGCUGGCGUCGAAGUGCGCGUCACGCCCAUCCGCACCGAGAUCAUCAUUCGUGCCACCCGCACCCGCGAGGUGCUGGGAGAGAAGGGCCGCCGCAUCCGCGAGCUGACCGCCGUCGUGCAGAAGCGCUACGGCUUUCCCGAGAACAGCGUCGAGCUCUUCGCGGAGCGCGUCGAGAACCGCGCUGCGUGCGCGAUGGCCCAGGCGGAGUCGCUGCGCUAUAAGUUGCUGGGCGGGCUGGCAGUUCGCCGCGCCUGCUACGGCGUGGUCCGCUUCAUCAUGGAGAACGGCGCCAAGGGCUGCGAGGUGAUCAUCAGCGGCAAGUUGCGCGCGCAGCGCGCGAAGGCCAUGAAGUUCAAGGACGGCUACCUCAUCUCCACUGGCGAGCCGAAGAAGCACUACAUCGACGAGGCCGUGCGCCACGUGUCCAUGCGCCAGGGCAUGCUUGGCGUAAAGGUGAAGAUCAUGCUCGCAUACGACCCCGAGGGGAAGAUGGGCACCAAGAUGCCGCUGCCCGACAACAUCGUAAUCCACGAGCCGAAGGAGGAGGCCGUGGUCGCGCCCGACCCGGGGUAUGGUGAGGGCGACGGCUUCUGA